UAGAUUAAUAACAAGAUUAUUCGCAGAAUAAAGAAAAGUAAAAGAAAAGGCGAAAGCGCCCGCCCCGAGGAGUCGCCACCUCUUCUUGAAUUUUUUUGCCUUCUCCCUGCAAGCGCCCGUCUCGGUACUGGAGAUCAGAAGGAGCAGAAGAAGGGAGCGAAGAAGUGCGAGGAAAAAGAGAGAGAUACAGCCCUCCUCGAGAUCUCUAACCCUUUUCCCCUCUCUCUCUCUAAGAGAAAGAGACCGCGUUGCUUUGCUUCCCUUUGAUCUCUCUCCUCUCUUUUCCCCCUCAUAUCGCAAUCAUUUCGUCGAGGCGGCGAACCCCACGCUCUCCCCAAUCCAAUCCCUUCCUCUCUCAGCAAGUUUAAACGCGAGAAGAAAGGAAGAGGAAGCGAUCCAUUGUCGGUCAACGCUCUCGGGGUCCUUGUUCGUAAUUUGUUGAAGAUCCGAGGGCGAGAUUUUGUUUAAAAAAAAAAAAGGAAAGAAUGGGAUCGUUCAUCGGUCACGUGCUGCCGGGGAGCCUAUUCCUGGCGGUGGGAUUGUGGCACAUCUGGAGCGCGGCGGUCCGGUACGUGUCGGACCCGGUGGCGUUUCGGGUCCGGGUGUGGAACCCCGUGGAGCGGUGGUUCGGCGGGAAGGCACGGCACCUGGAGCUCUACGUGCUCGCCGGCGGCGCCUUCGUCGACAUGUGCGUCGAGUUAUUGUAUUCGCCCCACUUCCAGUACUUCGUAGGCUCCGAGAGGAUACUGAAUCCGGCGCACAUGAACGACUUCGAGCAUGGUGCAAUGCUCCUCAUGUUCUUCCUCUUCGGCGCCAUCACCCUCCUCUCCGAGAAAACCAGCUACCUACCCAUGCCGGAUGGAGCGCUUUGCUUGAUAGCCGCAUCAGCCUUCAGUGCAGAGUAUCUACUGUUCUUCUUCCACUCCACCACGCACACGGGACUGGAAGGCUACUACCACCUCAUACUUGUCAUCCUUGUCGCCCUCUGCAUCGCCACCACGAUCGCCGGUGCUCUUUUCCCUACCAGCCUUGCUGUGGACCUUGGCAGCGGGGUCUCCAUCACUCUCCAGGGCCUGUGGUUCUACCAGACUGCCUUCACCCUCUACGGCCCCAUGAUGCCCAGGGGUUGCCACCUUGAUGACAACGAAGUCAAGUGCCACUUGCAUGAGAGCCAGGUCCGCGGGGAGCUGCUAGCCAACUUCCACCUCUUCUCCCUUGUCUUUCUGAGCUUCCUGUAUGUUCUUGGAUGCUAUGCCAUUGCGGCGUCAUGGUAUGGCCACCCAGAUUUGAGGAAAUUGCAUGCCUCUGCUCUGUCCGGCGCCCAAGGUGGCGAUCAGAAUGGUGCAGUAGAGGCUACAAGUCGGUUCUUUCCAGAGAUAGUGGCUGCUCAGUGACAAGGUUCUGGAGUUUUUGAAGGCUUGCGUUGUGAAAAGAAGCACACUGCACUUGAAUGAUAUCUGGAAGGAUUCAGCUGUGAUAGCAGUAAAAUGUUCAUCAUCCCAAAGGUUGCCGAGAAAUAGUUUGUUGAUCCAUUAGAUCAAGCCAGAUCUUGUUAGAUGCUAGCGAGGGUAAGAGAGGCCCAUCUUUUGUAAUACAACAGAAAGGAAGAGCAAAAAGAAAAAAGAAUCAAAAACCAGGAUGUUUUCGAAUUAACUCUGAUAUUUUAAUACUCAAGAUUUCUUUUUUGUUGA